CUCUCGUCACCCUUGACGUCCUUCACAUUCCACAAACCCCAACCCACCCGGGCCAUACGUUCUCUUCUUAUUCCAAGUGUCAACCGCCAUUUCUUGGCCUCAUUCCCCUUCUCUAUUUCUCUUCGUCGCUGGAUCUCUCUUCUUCCUCCCCGAAGCCGGUUGAGAUUUUUCUUUUACAAGCUCGAGGAAAGCCGAGCAUGGCUGGGGAAUUAGGAUUUCUAAAGGAGCACCAAGAAAGAUCAUAAGGAGGAAGAGGAGGAGGUCAAAAGCAUAGCAAGCGCUACAAGAGUCUCCAGAUAGCUCAGCUGGUUGAUAAGAUCAAGCUCGCAGAAAUGGAUCAGAUUCGGACCUUAUCUGACUGGAUUACAGAGGAGUUGACAUCAGAGGAAGAUUAUCACAGUGUUGAACAAGGUGAUGAGAGCUAUCAAGGAAAAUCACAUAUUGAACCUAUAUUUUCAGCAUUUGUUUGUCCUCUUACGAAAGAAGUUAUGCGGGAUCCUGUUACCAUAGAAAAUGGGCAUACUUUCGAGCGUGAAGCAAUCGAGAAGUGGUUUCAGGAAUGCAGGGAUGUUGGAAAGAUGCCCAUUUGCCCGCUGACAUUGAAGGAGCUUAGUAGUACUGAAUUGAACCCUAGUAUAGCUCUACGAAAUACCAUUGAAGAAUGGAUCCAGAGGAAUGAAGCUGCUCAACUUGAUAUGGCUUGUAGAUCAAUUUGUUCUGAAAGCUCAGAAAGAGAUGUUUUGCAAGCUCUAAAAUAUAUUGUGCAUAUUUGCAAGAAAUAUAGGUCAAGCAAGCAUGUUGUGCACAACGUAGACUUAAUUACAAUGAUCACUAACAUGCUGAGGAGCAGCAGCAGGAGAGUGCGAUGCAAAGCACUGGAAGCUCUUCGUAUGGUAGCAGAAGACAAUGAUGAAAAUAAGGAAGUUGUGGCUGCAGGAGACAACAUUCGCACGGUUAUAAAGUUCUUGUCGCAUGAGUAUCCUUUGGAGAGGGAAUUAUCUGUUUCUCUGUUAUAUGAGCUUUCAAAAUCUGAAUUGCUGUGUGAAAGGAUUGGUGGUGUAUAUGGAGCAAUACUUUUAUUGGAUGGAAUGGCAAGUAGUACAUCAGAAAACAUCUCGAUUGUUGAGAAAGCUGAGAAGACUCUGGUGAACCUGGAGAAGUGCGACGAAAAUGUCAGGCAAAUGGCUGAAAAUGGUCGACUGCAGCCCCUUCUUAACCUACUCCUUGAAGGUCCACCUGAAAUGCAGAUGUCCAUGGCUGCAUACCUUGGGGAGUUAGUUUUGGCCAAUGAUGUGAAGUUCUUGGUGGCCCAAACAGUGGGUUCAUCACUGGUCAAUGUCAUGAAAACUGGAGGUAUCGAGGCAAGAGAGGCUGCUCUCAAGGCGCUGAACCAGAUUUCAUCAUACGAGGCAAGUGCCAAGAUACUAAUCCAAGAAGGAAUCCUUCCUCCUCUUAUCAAAGACCUCUUUGCUGUCGGCGUCAACCAGCUUCCCAUGAGAUUGAAAGAGGUUUCUGCUACAAUUCUUGCCAAUAUUGUGGCUUCUUCUGCUGAUUUUGAGGCCAUCCCACUUAACGAUGACAACCAGAAUUUGGUCUCUGAAGAUAUUGUCCACAACCUACUUCAUCUCAUCAGCAACACCGGUCCUGCAAUUGAGUGCAAGCUUCUUCAAGUCCUUGUUGGUUUAACUAGUUCUUCGACGACAGCUCUAAAAAUUGUUUCUGCCAUUAAGAGCUCUGGUGCUGCCAUCAGUUUGGUUCAAUUCAUUGAAGCUCCACAGAGAGACAUCCAGGUGGCUUCCCUAAAGCUCCUACAAAACAUCUCACCUUUCAUGGGUCAAGAGCUGGCUGAUGUCCUUCGAGGUGCUGCUGGUCAGCUUGCUGGCUUGAUUACAUUAGUCUCAGAAAGCAAUGGGAUCUUAGAGGAACAAGCAGCUGCCAUUAGUCUCUUAGCCAACCUUCCUGAAAGGGACUUGGGUUUCACCGGGCAACUUUGGGAAGAAGGGGCCUUCAACAUAAUCAUUUCCAGGGUAGUAAGGAUCCGGCAAGGGGAAACUCGAGGCAACCGAUACGUCACCCCCUUUCUUGAAGGGCUAGUGAGAGUUCUUUCAAGGCUCACGUACUUCUUGCAUGAUGAACCUCAAUUUGUUGCCUUCGCUCGUGAUCACAAUCUUGCUUCACUUUUUACUGAUCUACUUCAGAUGAAUGGCCUUGAUAAGGUACAAAUGGUUUCGGCUAUGGCAUUGGAGAAGCUUGCAAAGGAAUCCAGACAUCUCACCAGGUUUCCAGAGACCCCUGAACCAGGAUGGUGUAGCUCUAUAUUCCCAUGUUUUAGUAAACCACCAGUGGUAACCGGACUAUGUCACAUCCACCAUGGUAUCUGCUCCAUGAAGGAGAACUUCUGUCUUUUGGAAGGGAAAGCAGUGGAGAAAUUGAUUGCUUGUUUGGACCAUGCAAAUGAGAAGGUGGUAGAGGCUGCCUUGGCAGCACUAUGCACUCUGCUGGAUGAUGGGGUGGACAUUGAGCAAGGGGUGAUGGUGUUGUGUGAGGCAGAUGGGAUCAGACCGAUACUUGACGUGUUGCUCGAAAGUCGAACAGAGAUGCUCCGCCACCGAGCAGUUUGGGCGGUCGAGAGGAUUCUAAGGACAGAGGAUAUAUCCAAUGAGAUUUCAGGGGAUCAAAGUGUGGGUUCAGCCCUGAUCGAAGCUUUCCGGCAUGGGGAUUACGUGACAAAGCAGAUUGCAGAGAGAGCAUUGAAGCAUGUAGACAGACUGCCUAACUUCUCUGAUGUUUUUCUGAAGAGAAGUUGAUACAUACAAGGUGGAUGAGACAGGGUUUAGUUUGUUAACUCUAUAUGUUUGUUCAGCAUUUUUCAUUCUUUUGUUUUCCACAAAAUGGUUGGGGAUUCAGAUUUUAAUUCUUAUGUUCAUUGAAUUAGUUUUCAAAUAUCAUGAUGGGUGAUUGGUGUUACUCCAUGAGUGAGAAAAUUGAUAAACCUGGAAACAAGGUCUGGU